AUGAAUAGUAUCAAAUCUAGAAAGUACUUCAAAGUAGGAAACAGGAAACCUUAAUCUGUAUGUCAUGAAGAAAUUGUAAUAAGAAAGGAUUUUUAAGAAGAAGAUUUGAAAGAUCUUGGAAAUUAACUUCAAAAGAAAAUGUGCCUAAAUGAUAAUGAAUGCUUUUUCAUUGAAGAAGUCCUCAACACAGAUCCAGAUGAACCAGAAGUAUUACUUGAUGAGAAUAUCUGUAUUAAUCAAGAUGUCACUUUCAACCCUCAAUAUUAUUUAAACAAUGAAAAUUCAAUUAUAGCAUGA